AUGCUCUCUAUGCAUAGUAGCCUUUCUCUGCUUCUCCCCAUGCUUAGCUUGCUGGCUAAAAAAAAAUCCGCUCACACCGGGGACAGCGUCUCUAGGGACAUGUUCAUGGACUUGAAAACCCAACUUGUCCGCUUUAUAUAUGGCAUGGCUUCCCUCUCUUUUGUCUCUUCUUUCUCUUCCUCCUCCUCUUCGACGCUGGCUAAAAACAAACCACCUCACGUUCGAUGGUGGCUCCCUAUGGGACAUGCUUCUGAUGAGGAUAACCCAACUCAUCACUACGCCACUCCCCUCCAAGCAUGCGUCCGCCUCGCAAGCCUGCCCAGUGAAGUGACAGUGCUUUGCUGGCUAAAAACAAUCUGCUUGCACUGCGGACCGGCUCCCAACGGGACCUCGAUAUGGAAAAAAAAAAUUUCCCUUCUUCUUGUCUACUUAAGUGACAGAGCUUGCUGGCUAAAAAAAAAUUGCCCAUGUUGCAGGUCGGUGUGUCCGGGUGAACAAAAAAAAACAAACGAGUUGGACUGUGUGGAUUGA